CUUCUGGCUGCUCUCGCUAGCAUCCGCUGGUACAUCAGAGAUUCCUACAAGGUUGAUGGCUUCAACCAGAAGCAUGUGUUCAUCACAGGCUGUGACAGCGGCUUCGGGAAUCUGCUGGCUCGGCAGCUGGAUGGAAAAGGCUUCCACGUCAUAGCUGCAUGUCUCACAGAGAAAGGAGCAGCAGAUUUGGCAGCAGCGACCUCCUCCAGACUGAAGACCCUCCUGCUGGAUGUUACAGACAGUACCAGCAUCAGGAGAGCGGUGGAGUUUGUGAGCAAAGAGGUCGGAGAGCGAGGUGAGGCGGGCGGACAGCGGCAGGGGGUACACACUGAUAGGGUGCCAGUCACA